AUGCUGGCGAGGAAGGGGAUCAUCCCAGACGAGUACCUGCUGACCAGAUUAGUAGAGGACAACCUAUCACAGCCCCGAUACUGCACCAGGUCGAGAAAGGCCCGCUUCGUCUCAAAGAACGGAGGCUGCAAUGUGGCCCACAAGAACAUCCGCGAGCAGGGGCGCUUCCUUCAAGACGUUUUCACCACCCUGGUGGACUUUAAGUGGCCGUACACGUUGGUGAUCUUCACCAUGGCCUUCCUGUGCAGCUGGAUCGUGUUUGCCAUGCUCUGGUGGCUGAUUGCCUUUGCUCAUGGCGACUUGGACUCUGGGCAGGAGGGGGCCGUGCCCUGCAUCACCAGCAUCAAGUCUUUCACCUCCGCCUUCCUCUUCUCCAUUGAGGUGCAGGUGACCAUCGGGUUUGGCGGCAGGAUGGUGACCGAGGAGUGCCCGUUGGCCAUCACCAUCCUCAUCAUCCAGAACAUAACGGGCCUCAUCGUCAACGCCGUCAUGCUGGGCUGCAUCUUCAUGAAGACCGCCCAGGCCAACCGCAGGGCGGAGACCAUCAUCUUCAGCAAGCACGCGGUUAUAGCACAGAGGAACGGUAGGCUCUGCUUCAUGUUCCGGGUGGGUGACCUGAGGAAAAGCAUGAUCAUCAGCGCGACCAUCCGAAUGCAGCUGGUCAAGAAGACCACCACGCAGGAGGGGGAGGUGAUCCCCAUCUCCCAGAUCGACAUCCAGGUUGAGAACUCGGUGCACACCAACGCCAUCUUCCUAGUUUCCCCCCUUAUCAUAAGCCACACCAUUGACAAGAAGAGCCCACUGUAUGAUCUGUCUGAGUCUGAUCUCCAGCAAGAAGAUCUUGAGGUGGUGGUCCUGCUUGAAGGUGUAGUGGAGACCACUGGCAUCACUACCCAAGCACGUACCUCCUACCUGCCGGAAGAGAUACUCUGGGGCCAUAGGUUUGUGCCCAUCGUGACUGAGGAAGAGGGCAGGUACGCAGUUGACUAUUCCAAGUUUGGCAACACAGUGAAGACUAACAUGCCCCCGUACAGCGCGAUGGCGCGAGAGAGGCAGGGGAGAAGUGAGAGCAGGGUCAAUGGGCCAAAGCAUCAGCGGAGUGCUCUACGCAGAAGGAGCUCCUCGGAAAUCAUUAACUUAUCACCAUUGGGCGUAAAGUCAUCUGUGCAAUUUCAGUCGGUCGACUGUUUGUCAGACCUGUAG